UUGACUUGAACAGAUUACAGUACAUGAAGAGACAGAGAUCAACAGUGAAUUGCGUUUGUUUGGCAAAUAUAUUAAGACAUCUCGACUAUUGUGUGUGUAUUCAGGAGCAGUAUUACACGUUUCAUUAUAAAGGAUUAAUGUGCCUCACAGCUUUUAUGUAAAUGUGUAGUAGGGAGGCGCUGCAUACGGGAUACUACUCGUACUGAGAUCUUGUGUUCAAACUCAGAUAUGUGAAAGAAGGAAACGUCUUCUGUUACUGUGACGGAUCGACUGAAGACGGACAGAUAACGAAAGACCAAUGCAAGAAUGGCUCUACAUAAUACAACAUCCCCAAUAUUUAAUAAACCAGUGACAAACGAAUCUUGCGCCUCAAUCGAUGACUUCCGAAACCAAGUCUAUUCCACAGUGUACUCUAUCAUCACCAUCUUUGGGUUGAUGGGCAAUGGAUUUGCACUGUAUGUGCUCCUUCGUACCUACCGCCAGACCUCAGCCUUCCAGAUCUACAUGCUCAACUUGGCUGUGUCAGACCUGCUAUGCGUCAGCACACUGCCCCUGAGGGUGCUCUACUAUGUCAACAAAGGGCAGUGGAACCUGGGUGAUUUUCUCUGCAGGCUGAGUUCUUAUGCUCUUUACGUGAACCUUUACUGCAGUGUUUUCUUUAUGAUGGCCAUGAGUUUUACUCGCUUUCUGGCCAUCGUGUUCCCGGUGCAGAACCUGAGGCUAGCCACAGAGAAAAAGGCAUGGAUAGUUUGCAUGUGCAUUUGGGUCUUCAUUUGCUCCACCAGUUCACCCUUUCUCCUCUCCGGUGAGCAUACAGAUCCAAAGACUAACAAAACCAAGUGUUUUGAACCACCAGAAAGGGCAGGAAGCCUAAACAAGCUAAUCAUACUGAAUUACUUUUCUCUGGUUGUGGGUUUUAUUAUUCCCUUUUUGGUUAUCUUGUUGUGCUACGCCGGUAUCUUGCGCACUUUACUUCGAAGCACUAAUGGUGCAAAUAAACAGCGUUGCACACGCAACAAGGCCAUUCGAAUGAUUAUUGUGGUGAUGUUGGCUUUCCUGGUCAGUUUUAUGCCUUAUCACAUUCAACGCACACUGCACCUGCACUUUAAAAGUCGCAAAGAUACCACCUGCACAGAGGUUAUCUAUAUGCAGAAGUCUGUGGUGAUCACUCUCUGCCUAGCCGCUGCUAACUCGUGCUUUGACCCGAUGCUGUAUUUUUUCUCUGGAGAGAACUUUAGACACCGUCUGUCUACCUUCCGUAGGAUCUCUGUAAAUGUUGGUGGUACCCACCACAGCCGCCACGCUCUCCGAAGCUCCCUGCCUGUGGAGGAGAGUGAACUGCAGGGCUGUAAUGGCUCGAGCAAACAUGGGUAGGCAAAUAAAAAUGAUGAUUAGUUUAGUGAAGAAGUUGAUUUAAAAGAACUUGUACUAUAUGGGUGAAUGUCAAAAAGCGGUCAAGAAGUGUCCAGGUAACAUUUCACCCACAAACCAAAACCAAAACAAUACAAAGACAAUGUACUCUACUAAAGCAUUAUUUAAUUAUUUCCAGUAAAAUUAAUGAGAAUGAGACUCAGUAUUUUGCAUUUCAGUAAUUAAAAAAAUCUUAAGGGUCCUAAUAUUAUACUCCUUCAUGCAAAAUACAAUAUGUUUGUGAUGCAAUGUGACCUUUUUGUGAAAUUCACCCACAUGUCACCGGGAUGUACUUGAAACAUAAACAACGAGAUAAAAGAGGAGAGAUUCUACUUUCAGAAGUUGUUUUAUUAUUAUUAUUAUUAUAAUUUACAGAUUUCUGUGUAUUUGUUAACAAAAGUACAGACUGAAAGACUGUUCUGUAUAUCUUGCAUAACUUGGGUUACAAACAAUAAAAUAUAUACAGUUUGAUGUAACACUCAACACAUUAUUAAAAAUUUCAUAUUGUCUAUAUUUGUCAUAUAUUAUUCAUUUUCAUUCAUAUAUUUGACAGAAGGUGUUCCUAAAUUAAUAAUGAAUGUAUAAAAAACUUAUAAGUACCAUUACUUACUGUGAAACAGGAUCCAUUCUACUGUAGUACAAUAUUUAUUCAGUACAAUAUAUUCUUAUGUCACUCUUAUGAGUCUGUCAGAAGUGACAAAACAAAUGAUAUGCAGAGUGACAAUAUAAUGAUCUGCUUGUAGCUAUAUUCAGUGCAACAUGCAAAGUGUAUAACAUCCUGCUUAAGAACUCAGUGAUAGUAAAUUAACACAACUGUAUUAAUUCAAUAAUUUUAAUACUGUUUAUUUGUACAUUGGUUGCAUUUUGAGACCUAUCGAUGUAAAUGCACUUGUUGAAAUUACGGUCUAAUGACUGACCAUUGAAAAUGGAGUUACAAAACUGCUUGUCAUAUAGUGACCAUAUACUAACAGUAGAGUGGUUUUGUAUUAUGUGGUUUACUUAUAAAGACAUUUUAUUUCUGCUUCUAGAAAUAACAGAUUUCUUACAAUACAAGAACAUUUUGUAAAUAAAGUGUCUAGUUAUUUUCUGUACUGACACUUUGGUAUCUCUCACUAACUAAAAAUGACUAGUAAGGCAACUUAACAUCAGUGUUUUUGCUCUUAUUUUAUUGUUGGAGACCAAUUGCAUAUACAAGGCACAAAUAUACUGAACAUAAGUGAGAUUAAAUAAAAUAUGGUAAUUUAUGCUGUAAAUAAUUUAUGGAAUGUAUUGAAUUCGUAUUUGUA